CAGCUUGGAACGGGACAUAUCCUGGGCCCCGUUCAACCUUCCUUGGGGUGAAAGACACUCCCGCUUUCAUUCAGCUCAUUUCAUACUCGAACAGUGACCUGAGGGUUUCUUUCUGUUUCCUUCCUUUUCUUGUGCGCAAACACUAUUCAAGCUUCACGCUCGAAUAUCCAGUCAAAAAUGGGCAAAACACUCUCCCCCGAGGGUAAAACGGCCAUUCGCUCUGCAAUCGAUGAAGCAUGCAAAGACCAAAUUCAAGGUCUUCCAAAUGUGUCCUUUGUUGUGGUCAAUAAAGAUGGGCAAGAGAUCUUCACCCAUUCCGCCGGCACACGCGGAGCUGGCCAAAAUGAGCCCGUUACGCCCGAUUCGGUUUAUUGGAUCGCAUCAUUCACCAAGAUGAUUACAGGUGUGGCCUGCAUGCAGCUUGUGGAACAGGGAAAAUUGGCCCUGGACGAUGCAGAGCUCGUGGAGAAGGUUUGCCCAGAAUUGAAGGAUGUCCAGGUUCUACAGAAAGAUGGAACCCUGGUGCCGAAAACGAAGGGGAUCACGCUGAGGAUGCUGCUUUCGCACACUGCUGGAUUUGGGUACACCUUUUUCCAAGAGAGGCUACGGGACUAUAAGGGCCAGGGCUUUGAUGAGUUCUCCGGCAGAAUUGAUGAUUUCAAGCAACCGCUCGUCCAUCAGCCUGGAGAAUCCUGGGAAUAUGGCAUCAAUAUUGACUGGGCCGGCAUCAUGGUUGAACGGGUAUCCGGUGUAUCUCUCAGCGAGUACUUUGAGAAGAACAUUUUCGAACCUCUGGGGUUGAAGAAUAUCGGAUUCUUCCCAUGCGAAGAUAUGAAGAAAAGACUUGUUUCUAUGACCCAGCGCGCCCCCGACGGCACUCUUAGUCACCGCAAACACCCCAAUAUCCGGCCACUGACCAGUACAAGCGAGGAGGAUAAGAAAUCUAUCUUCAACAGCGGCGGAGGGGGAUGCUUUGCUACUCCGCGAGAUUACGGCCAAAUCCUCGCUAUGCUCUUAAACAACGGCGUCUCGCCAACAACAGGCAAGCAGCUCCUCUCCCAGUCUACUGUCGAUACCAUGUUCCAAAACCAAAUCCCCUACAUGCCAGAUUUUGGCCGGGCCGGAAUCGCCACGGCGAAUCCAGAGCUCAGCAAUCCCUGUCCAGACCUCUAUCCGAUCCCAGACGGCGCGCCGCAGGGAUGGGGUCUCACUUGGAUGAUCACACCAAGUCCUACAGGCAGGACGGCGACCAGCGCAUUCUGGGCGGGAAUCGCGAACUGUUUCUGGUGGUGUGAUCGCGAGAAGGAGGUGGCAGGCGUGAUAGCAACUCAGAUCUUGCCAUUUGCAGAUCCAAAGUUGAUAUCAUUGUGGGUAAACGUGGAGGCAGCGGUUUACAAUUCACUGGCAUGAUUUGUUUUCUGAGAGUAUCAGUCCGGGCCAUACAUAUAUAAUGACUU